AUGGAAACAAUAGAACAGCAAGAUUCGCCGCCACUGCUAGAUCCUAGUCUGGCUCCACUCAUGCUGUUUGACGCCGGCCGCGACGGCGGUGAACCGGAGGAGGAAAACGGCGGGGCCAGGCUGGUGUACAGCAUACCCAAGAGGCGGCUGCUGCUGGCCAGAGAGUUGGACCGCUUCAUCGACGAUGUUACCUGGAUUACUCCGCAGGGAUGGAUGCUCAUGCUGGACCCGGCAACGCGUACUGUGUCUCUGCUCGACCCCUUCACCUCGCGCAGGGUGCACCUGCCCCCAGACCUAGACAGCCUCGUCGCGAGCAGCGACAACACCAGAUGCGUCAUGUCGACUCACCGGCUGACGGACCCGGGCUGCAUCAUGCUAGUGAUACAUCUCACGGACCCGGUGUUGUGCUAUUGUCGCCCCGGGGGUAGCUGGUGGUUUAGGCAUGAGUAUCGGCUUGAGCUGCUGGUCGUCGAUGACUGCUUCGACCGCGACAGCAUCAUCGGUGCGGUGGUGAGGCUCACAGCGGUGGGGGGCAGGUUCUACACACAUUGGGAUGAUAAGCUAGGGACCCUUGAGUUCUCGUCGGAUCCGACAUUGUCUUGCUCCCAUGUCGUGGAUAGGUGGAUACCGGCGGGGUACUACUUGCGUGCUUUCCAGGUGGAGUCCUGCGGGGACUUGUUCAGGUUUGGGGUGUCCAUGUCUGCAGACAAGGUUGGUUUGAAGGCAAACUGCAUCUAUUUCAUGAACCAGGAUGAUAAGGGGUUGUACGUCUACAACAUGGAGCAGGGAACCACUACCUUGCACAACCCUACCCUAGAAAUUCCAGAUUCUAUGGAGCCCAUACUUUUGAUGCCUGCCACUUGA